GAACAGGUGUGCCUAAUAAAGUGGCCGGUGAGUGUAUAUGAUAUAAAAGUGCCAGUGACCAGGUAAGAGGCCUGUUGAUGAAGGUGCAUGUUUUACAGUCUGAUGGCUUGAGGAGUAAAGGAGUUCUUACAUCUACUUAUUCAGAUUCUUUAUGAAGAGGUCUCUUUCCCCGGCUCAGGUUGCUGCUGUGUCUAAAAUUGGAGUGAAGGUUUGAUGUACAUGCUCAGGGCUAUUUCUUGGUCAGUGCCUAUGAUUUUUCCUGCUGUACUGAUUUGACUUUGUGGCCUGGUUUGGUCCUGUUUGUGCUCAUUACCACAGAUAUGACCAAAGAUAGCACUCUCACAACAUUCUGACUUUAAAUCAAACCAGCAGGAGUUCGUCAUUUGAGGCUUCCAGAAAAAUGGUUAUAUGCAUGUAGCAUUCAUGGUCUUUUCACAGCUAUGGCUUAAGCUAACAUUAGCUAAGAUAUAGCAUUUAGUAGUUAACUUUUGCAAACUUGAAAUCAAUGGGCCAUAACACAUUCAGUGAGGUAACGAAAUCUUUGCAUUCAGUAUUCUGUUGCCUGAAUGUGAACCAACAAUGUACAGUAUGUGUCAUCGAUGGGUGGCCAGCUUUAGAGGGAGCCCAACUUUGCUGCCGUUUCUAAUUGCAUUAUCACAUUAUUCACAUGUUCAGGACUCCAAACACUAAGUCUACAAAUGGACUUCUCCUUCAUCAGUUAAUUCCAGCUGUGUAAAGGUGGUGAAAAUAUGAAUCAAACACUGACAUAUGAUUGACCCUGCAGGUUAUAGUGGGAGGAUGACAUAAGUGUUAACACACACGCACGCGCGCGCACACACACACACACACACACACAUAUACACGAUGAUGGGCCAGCUCCACAAGGGGGAACAUUUGUCUUCUGAAAAUAGCAGAAGGAGCCAUGUGACUUGGAAACUAUUUCAAGUAAUGUCCUUUUCUUAGGCUGACCACAUGCACACAGAUAGUGGCCUUGAGAGAGUUGAUGAGUCAUUUAAGGCAGCGACUCUGUAAAAGAAUGUUCCACUCUGUGGGCUCACUGUGAUCAUGUCAGCAGCAUGUGCAAGGUGAGAUUCUGUCUAGGAACAAAGUGGUCUGUCCUGAAGUAAUAGACAGUGAAAGAUGUAGCCCACUGUUUAUCCUGUGUUCUCUCGUGUGUACUGUAUGUGUGUGUGUUUGUAGAAAGUCAACGGCUGUCCCUUCAUGACCAACGAUGCAGGCUUCGCCUUGGCCUACGCUGUCAUAAUGCUGAACACUGACCAGCACAACCACAAUGUCCGCAAGCAGAAUAUCCCCAUGACUAUAGAGCAAUUCAAGAAGAAUCUGAAGGGAGUGAAUGGAAAUAAAGACUUUGACCAGGACAUGUUGGAGGAUCUUUACAAUGCUGUCAAGAAUGAGGAGAUCGUGAUGCCAGAUGAGCAGUCCGGGUUAGUGAAGGACAACUAUGUAUGGAGUGUGCUGCUUCACCGCGGUGCCACACCCGAAGGUCUUUUCCUCCACCUGACACCCGGCAGCUACGACCAUGACUUGUUCACCAUGACCUGGGGUCCCACCAUCGCUGCCCUCUCCUACGUCUUUGACAAGAGCCUGGACGACAACAUCAUCCAGAAGGCCAUCACUGGCUUCAGGAAGUGCGCCAUGAUAGCAGCUCACUAUGGCUUCAGUGAUGUUUUUGACAAUUUGAUCAUCUCCCUCUGCAAGUUCACCACUCUGAGCAGCGAGUCUGUGGAAAACCUCCCUACAGUCUUUGGCAGCAAUAAUAAAGCACAGACAGCAGCCAAAACGAUGUUUGACCUCUCCCAUCGGCAUGGCAACAUCCUGAGGGAGGGCUGGAAGAACAUCAUGGACUCCAUGCUACAGCUGUUCAGAGCCGAGCUCCUGCCCAAAGCCAUGGUGGAGGUGGAGGAUUUUGUGGAGCCCAAUGGGAAGAUUUCUCUUCAAAGAGAGGAAACGCCUUCUAAUCGUGGUGAGUCGGCGGUGUUGAGUUUUGUUAACUGGUUGACGUUGAGUGGAGCCGAGCAGUCAGGACUUAGAGGACCGUCCACGGAAAACCAGGAGGCCAAGCAGGCUGCUGUCCUCUGCAUAAAGCAAUGUGACCCAGAGAAGCUGAUCACAGAGAGUAAAUUUCUCCAGCUGGAGUCUCUACAGGAGCUAAUGAAGGCUCUGAUAUCAGUCACCCCAGAUGAAGAGACUUAUGAUGAAGAGGAUGCUGCCUUCUGCUUGGAGAUGUUGCUGCGUAUCAUUCUGGAGAACCGAGACCGUGUGUCGUGUGUGUGGCAGACUGUACGAGACCAUCUCUGCCAUCUUUGUGUCCACCCCAACGAGAGCUGCUUCCUGGUGGAGAGGGCUGUGGUGGGACUCCUUCGGCUCGCAAUCCGCCUGCUACGACGAGAAGACAUCAGCUCUCAGGUUCUCCUUUCCCUGCGUCUCCUGCUGAUGAUGAAACCUCCCGUGUUGUCCCGGGUCAGUAGGCAGGUGGCCUUUGGCCUCCAUGAGCUGCUGAAGACUAAUGCAGCCAACAUCCACAGCACAAAUGACUGGUUCACGCUUUUCUCCUUGCUGGAGUGCAUCGGAGCCGGAGUGAAACCGCCCGCCUCCUUCCAGCUCGCUUCCACCCCUACUGACAACGACACAGGAGCCCAGUCAGAUAGCGAGCUGCCCUCUCAUCAUGUUAGUGAAGUGAGUUUAGACCGGGGCUACACGUCUGACUCAGAGAUCUACACGGAGCACAGCAAGACCAGGAUCCCUCGCUCCACAACAGAUGUGGAUGUAGCAAGCAGUGGAUGGCUCGUGGUUGGGAGAGAUGACCUGGAGAUGAGUAAGAGCCCUCAAGUGAACUCCAAAGCUCAGCUGAAUCAUCCCCUUGUGAACCAGUACAGUCUGACGCUGGGUCAGGACCUGGGCCAGCACGACACCAAGUCUCUCAUCAAGUGUGUAGAGACGCUCUCGUUCAUCGUCCGUGAUGCCGCCCAUGUCACCCCUGACAACUUUGAGCUGUGUGUCAGAGCCAUACGAGUGUUUGUGGAGGCCAGCCUCAAUGGAGGUUACCGCAACCAUGACAAGAAGAAGAGCCACAAGUACGACUCCUCCAAGUCCCGGAUGAGAAAGAAGGCAGGGGGAAGGGAUAAGGAGGGCGGAGGUGGAACGAGGCGAGGUGGCAACCGGGCGUCCAAUCAGCGUCCAUCACGUUCCCACAGUGACGAGGAGGAGGACGAGGGUGUCCCUGCCAGCUACCACACGGUGUCAUUACAGGUUAGUCAGGACCUGUUAGACCUGAUGCACACUCUGCACACAAGGGCUGCCAGCAUCUACAGCUCCUGGGCAGAGGAGCAGCGCCACCUGGAGGCUGCAGGAAGGAAGAUCGAGGCCGACUCCCAGACCCUGUGGACCAGCUGCUGGUGCCCGCUGCUGCAAGGCAUUGCUUGGCUGUGCUGUGAUGCCAGACGUCAGGUCCGUAUGCAGGCCCUCACCUACCUCCAGAGGGCGCUGCUGGUCCAUGAUCUGCAGACACUGGAUGCAACCGAGUGGGAGUCCUGCUUCAAUAAGGUGCUUUUCCCGUUGCUGACUAAGCUGCUUGACAAUAUAAGCCCAGCAGAUGUGGGCGGUAUGGAGGAGACCAGAAUGAGAGCCUGCACCCUCCUGUCAAAGGUUUUCCUCCAGCACCUCUCUCCUCUGCUGUCCCUGCCCACCUUUGCUGCCCUCUGGCUCACCAUUCUGGAUUUCAUGGACAAGUACAUGCACGCAGGCUCCAGUGACCUGCUGUUGGAGGCCAUCCCUGAGUCCCUGAAGAACAUGCUGCUGGUGAUGGACACAGCAGGGAUCUUCCACAGCGCUGACUCCAGGACAGGAUACUCAGACCUGUGGGAAAUAACCUGGGAACGAAUUGUGUGCUUUCUGCCUCACCUGAGGGAGGAGCUCUUCAAGCAGACCGUCAUACAAGAUCCAGUGCCCAGUCCUCCAGCAGAGCCCGUGCAGCCGACACCCUCGGCAGGCCGGCCUUCAUCCCCUCAAGUGUCUCCGCCAGCUGCUCAGCCAACCUCCCCAGUCCCAGUUAACCCUGCAGAGACACGGACCCCCAGCAGGCCAGCAUCACCCCAGGAGCGCCAACCAGCCGGUGUCAACGGAUCGGCCCGCUCGUCUCCGGUGCCACCCUUGAUUCCCCCCGUGCCAUUAACAACGUCCCCUGCCCAGGCCCCCUCACCCUUGAGCCAGUCCCCCCUCAUCCUGCAGCCUCUCGACUCCCCCCUGCAGGUGGGAGUCCCGCCCAUGUCCCUGCCAAUCAUCCUGAACCCCGCCCUCAUCGAGGCCACGUCCCCUGUACCACUGCUUCCUGGUCCCAGGCCUACGAGCCCUUCUGAGUAAGAGAGCCCCCCCCCCCCCCACACUCUGUCCUCUUUCCAGCCCUCCCCCCCUUAAACUACUGGAUCCCACGGACUUCAACUACAGCUUCAAGAGCUUGUCACAAGGUUCUUUAAACGAUGUAACAUGUGCGAGAAGACAAAAUAGAUGUGCCACCUCAAUUAUACCACAUUUUAUUCAAAGGAGAAGAGACGUGAGGUUUUCUUUUGCACGUUGUUUUAUUCCUGUAUGUCCAGAUAUCCGGGAACAGGAAAUGCAGGAUAGAGUCAUACUAUGAAAAGUAUUAAAAGUAAAAGUGUGAUUGAGGUUAAGUGGGUUGACCGUACCUGUCGAUAACAACCAUGGUAGCUACCAUGAGAGGGCUGACUGUGUGCUGCACACAUGGCCAGCAUUUUAUCGGCUGAUUCCAGUCUUUUAAACUCGAUGCAUCAUAUAUAUUUUAGACCAAUACAAUAAAAUACAAAGUCUGAUUCUGUUUUCCCACCACAGCUUUAUUCUUGGGAAUGUAAGGCAGCCGUCAGUUCUUUUAAAAUCUCAUGAAAAGACCCAACGCUAACAGUUAGUACGGCACUCCAUGAAUCCACAUGUGGUGCUCUAGUGAGUGUUUGAAUGUGGAUCCAAAUACACUGCAGUGUGUGUGUUGAUGGUGAUGAAGGACCAUCCAGAGCAGCAGUUGGCUCAUUGAUGAAGAACACGUAUGAGGCUGUGGCGCACUCACUAGACUUGUUAGGAAGUGUCAGCGGGGCUCUGCUGGUAGGAACACAGAUAUAAACUACCACCACCACUGGGGGACAUGGUCUCAGGACGUCUACAGGUCUGUUCAGGCUACAGCCCUGGUGUCCAUGUGUGGGAAUAUUCCUGAUCUGAUCACCAUCGGGUUCAUGUAUUUAGGAUAAACGUUGAUUAAAUGUGUGGAAUAAAGGAUCGGUAUAUCCAAACUGGGGUUUAGUCUAGAGGUAGCACCGUCACUCCCAUGUUUUCUCAUUACCCCCUCCCCCUCUCUUGCAUAGCUGCGAACUUAAUAAGACCAGGCUGACCUCAUGGCUUUGCUCACACACCUGUGCUUCAUAUUCAUUUGGAGAUUUCCAGCGGGGACAGUCAGUGAGUUAUUGUGGUUGGAGGUACUGCAUGUUGUUGAUUAAAUGAGAUUCCCAGAGCUGUUGUAUCACCACUGUUUGAUCAGCGUCUGAUUGAACACUGUACAGAAAAGGACUUUAUUUAUUUACCGAUCACUUUGUGCCUCACAGAGGCUACAGACGGAGACACUGGCCCGCUCUCUUUCUUUCUUUUCAACUCUGCAUGAGCUCUUUGCCCCCAACGACUAAACACCAGCCGUGAUUCCUCUCCCACCCAACAGAGAGGGGCUGUGUUGUGUGCACAUGAUGGACGGAGAUGUCACAUCUACCACAUUCCAAAAUGGAGAUACUUGAGCGUGCAGUGAGCUCAGUCCACUGCAUGGAGCAGAGCGAGGGAUCCAUGUAGACUUUAGUGUUUCAUGAUAAGUCGAACACAUAAUGAAAGAGUUCCGUAUUGAUGCCAUUUGAUCAUGUUUGUGUAGCUGCAACAGUGCACACAUGAGUCCCCCAGGGCCUUCAUGUAGACUCGUACCACACGGAGGUCAUAAUGAUGACGGCAGUAACUGAACCUCUUCUGCUUACAUGUAAUCAUUACUGAACAUUUACUGAAAUUAUAACAUUUAAAUAGUUUUACUUUGAAAAUCAGCCAUCUCCAUAGAUUUAAUUUUGUCUGCAGGUUAUUUCAGUUCAGUAAGUUUCAUCUGUCAUGGGGCCAAAGGCUACAUAUCACAUCACACACAUAGGACAACAUUAUACAAUCCACCUUUUGUAAAUACUGAAAUAUAUAAAGUGCAUAAUAACAGAGUUAACUAAUUCAGAUAGAAAAUUAAAGAACAUAUCAUUAUUUUGCACAAAUUGAAUCUAGAGACUCAUGUUGAAAUUCCAAAUGAGAGAAUUGAGACGGGAACAUCUGGUCUGCCAAGAUUAGACGGAUCAGAUGACAUGGUGUGAAGUGACUUACCUGAGGUCUGCUCCGCCUCCUUCAGGGUCAUUGUCUGUUCACGACGUCUGAUUCAGACAAACUCUUUAUUUGGAUGUGAAAGCUGUCAGUGGAGCUCUGGUGCAGAGGGUUAGUGCUGUUGACCACAGCUGAGAUCUCUGUGUUGUGUGUCAUAUCAUUUGGUAACCAUGGAAACACAUAUGCUCAUUAGCAUGCGAGUACAGGGAUUUUACCAGAUCAGCAUAAAAGUUAAAACGAUGUUUUAGCAGUGACCACAGUAACUGUUCCCUUGUUUAUUUAUGACUUAUGACAUUUGUGAUUAUGAUUCCAUGACCUGACUUCAUCUGAGUUUGUCUGAUAACAUUUGAGCACCUUGAACACAAGUGGCACCACUUUGACCGGCCUUCUGACCACAGUGGCAUUUAGAGCCCGUGAGUUCAGAUAGUUUUAGGAACAUGUUGAAGUGCUGUCGUUUCCUUCGUAUGUAUUCAGUCUGCUCCCAUAGAAAGCGGCUGCCGCUGUCGCAUGCUGAUUGUGCCUUGUGUGCAAUGACAUGGAGCCUGACCGGCUGAUGGAGACUAAUUCACCAUUUUAAUGCCAAAUGACGUAGAGUAGAGUAAGGUGUAGACGUGGACAGCUUAGCAUCCGCUCAGCGUGGCCCUGGGAUCCUCUCGGUGAUGUGACAUGUUAUUUAUUGAGUUGUGAAAGAAGAGGACUUCUCCACUGCAGUACAGCUGUUGGGUGACACUACAGCCUCAUAGAGCCGCCAACAGGAGAUGUUUUGUAAGCUGUGUUUAUUUGUUGGAGGGGACUCUUAUCAGGUGUGGAGUCUUGCUUGAACAGGAAAUUACAUGAAUAUAAUGUGUAUAUAUAAAUGAAAGGUAAUGUACUUUUUACUAUGUAAUAAAUAUAAUGUAAAGAAAGUG